GUGACCGUGUGGGACCUGGGGUGACAGCGCUGGCCCUGGCCGGGACGGGGGGUGACGGCCCUGCUGGGCACAGGGAGGCCCCGAUCGGCCUUGACAGGGCGCGAUCUUGCAUGUCAGGUUAAUUAGGCGGCAUCAUUUUCGGCAUAAUUGCGCAGAACAGGUCAGUAGAUAAUUAGUGACUUUUGGCCGCGUCUCACAGCUGCGGGCGGAUGUUGGGGGCGGGGGGAGGGACAGGAUAGUUUUUAAAAUCACAGCAGGAGCUUGGGGCUGGGCCCCGCCACCCCCUUGGCCCCCAGGCAGGUGUUUCCUGAUCUCCAUGGCUCCGGGAUUAAAAUCUGAACUAUUUCAUACCCUUUUGUCUUUUCAUAUAUAUAUUUGCGUCAUCCUCACAUAUACUCACUUUCUUCCCCCCAUAAGGCAUCUGGUGUAAGACACAGACUCAGAAUUUGAGAAGGUGCCCUGGAAGAAGUGGGCCUGUAUCACUCUGAGUGGCCCUGAAGACGUCUGUGUUCCAGAGCACAAAGGUCAGAGCAGCAGGACCCUUUCCCAGCUCAGCCGUGCCCUCGGCAGCCCGUGUAAGAGCCCAGACUGGUGUGUCCCCUUGAUCCUGCACUCCACUCCGAAGCUGUGGCACGCCAGUUUAUGGAUGCAGAGCUGCGCGGGGCAAGGGCAAACGCAGCCUGCGUGAGAAAACUAUGUCACACGUGCCUCUACGUAAAAGCAUGCAAGCAGGUAUUUACGGCGUACCUCAGGCAGGGUGCCUUCCCACCCUCCCUCUCCUCGCCCCCGCGCAGUCAUACCAGUCGGCCUGGCUCCCUGGAGGCACUGCGCCUCUCACCCCGCUGCGAACCUGCGCCUCCGUCCUGCUAAUGACAUGGCAGCCAAGCUGCCACGGGGACAACGUGACUCCAGAAGCUGCAACCUGGAAAAAAAAAAAAAGAAACCAACCAAACAGCCUUAAAUGUGCACAAUCAAGUGAUGAGUGUUUGUAUUUCUGAUGCUUUGAGGCCAGGUCACAACCCUCCCUCCACAUAAUAUUCAGGAUGUUUGGGAAGGGGUAUUUUUGUUUUAAUAGGGUGGCGUAGUCACAAAGCUUUAAAGAAAUAAAUGAGUGAAUCGUCUAUGAUAAUAGCAACAUACUACGAGCGGGGCACCGUGACGAAGUUCAAGUCUAUUUUUAAGCCUGCCUGGCAGCAUGUAGGUACAGACAGGAGUCCCUGACCCUUUCUGCUGUUCUGGAGCUAUGGACAUAGCCGAUGUCUCUGUCCCAGUUCAAUGUCAGAGUUCAUUUUGCUCCCUAACAAAUACUAUGGGAAGACAAAGAAGCCUCAAGCUGUUUUGAAGAUUGUGCAACGAUGCUUGGGAGCCUACCUGCGUUUGCUUGAGUGCUUCCCUCGCUCACAUUCACAGGAUGCAACAGGAAGGGAAAUACAGCCGAAUCAGACGGCCCUGGUAAUUGGACUCUCGAAUCCUUCGUAUGCCCUGGGGGUGAGUUAAUUCGUUCAGCCAAGGCGAUUUCAUGCCAGAAUGCAGUCUCCACACAAGAAGGACGAUUGCGCUGCCUAUGCCGCGCAUAUGCAUGGUGCCUGCCCGGCAGAUCGACUGCUGCGACAAAGAAGCAUGAGCCACUCCAAGCACAUGGGCAAGAUAAGGAAAAGGCUGGAGGAUAUCAAGAACCAGUCCCAGAAGUUGACAAAAGCAGAUUUCAGCCACAAUGAAAGCAUAAGGUUGGCCACCGACGCCUUCCUGGAUGGUGGGACAGACUCUUACCUGGAAACUUUAAGCAAAGAGGGCGAGGUAGAUUUCCUCUCCUCAGUGGAAGCUCAGUACAUCAAGGAUAACACCAGGGAGUCCUAUUACGCGCAGGAGUCCCUGGCUACCGAUGGGGUGGCUGCGCCAAAGCAGAAUGAUGCCAAGUCGCUCCCUUCAGGGACCUACUUCCCCACUGUCUCUGACAGCAGUGAGCCAGCUCUGCUGCACACAUGGAUUACAGCAGAGAAGCCCUAUUUAAAGGAAAAAUCCACCGCCACUGUGUAUUUCCAAACAGAGAAGAACAGCAACAUUAGAGACAUCAUACGCCGGUACAUCAACAAGACCACUCAGGUGCUAGCUAUCGUGAUGGAUGUGUUCACAGAUACUGAGAUUCUUUGUGACCUGCUGGAGGCAGCUAACAAGCGCAUGGUGUUUGUCUACCUGUUGCUUGAUCAUGGCAAUAUAAAUCUCUUCUCGGAGAUGUGCGACAAGUUGCAAAUUGCUGAAGAUCUCUUCAAGAAUAUUUCAGUCCGCAGUGUUACUGGAGAGGUUUACUGUGCCAAAUCAGGCAGGAAAUUUUCAGGACAAAUACAAGAAAAAUUUCUUAUCUCUGACUGGAGAUAUGUGCUCUCUGGAUCUUACAGCUUCACAUGGUUAUGUGGCCAGGUUCACCGCAACCUCCUCUCCAAGUUCACGGGUCAAGUUGUGGAGCUGUUUGAUGAAGAGUUCCGGCACCUUUACGCGCUGUCCAAGCCAGUGAGGGGACCGAAGUCUCCACCACGCACCAUGCCCUUCCUGUUCAGCAAGAGUUGGGCCCCCCAGCGCAGCCUCCCCGACAGCGAUGAGGGCAGCGCUAACACUCUUUCCGAUCCCUUCAGCAGCCGCUCAGCUGGCAGCACCCACAAGACCAAGCAGCCCCCAAGAACUCACAUAUUCAGCAGCAACUUCACCCCCCCGUCACCUCUCCAGAGAGUUAAUUCCUUCCACAGCUACGUCUCAUUCACACUCCCACCACCACAGAAGGCCAUCCACACUAGCUACUAUCAGCCGCACUACCUGGCCGAUAACUCCACGGUUCUGUAUAACAACAUGAACGUUUACAGACCUAUAAGACUUAGACAAGAGGAACCGAACAGGACAGGGUUAAGCUCACCCUGGAGAUGCCUCCACAAAGCUAACCUGUUUGCAUAAUAACCACCUUGUUUUGAAUUGCAAGUAAAUGUAGUGGGGACCUGUUUAGCAAUCGCUUGUGUACUGAUGAAUAUAGAAAUUCUGUAUAAUACAAAAUGAGGAUGAUUUCAAGCCUCUUGUUUUGUUUUGCUGCUUAUGGAUGCUUCGUUUCCCUAAUUAAAAAGCCAAGCCUGCUAACA